AGUUACCAGGAUGACAGUGUCGUUGGUGGUCAUCAUGUUCGAGUUAACGGGUGGUCUGGAGUACAUUGUGCCCCUCAUGGCGGCGGCUGUGACCAGCAAGUGGGUGGCCGAUGCCUUUGGGAAGGAAGGCAUCUACGAGGCCCACAUCCACCUGAACGGCUACCCCUUCCUGGAUGUGAAGGACGAGUUCACCCACCGCACGCUGGCCACCGACGUCAUGCGGCCCCGGCGGGGAGAGCCGCCGCUGUCGGUGCUCACCCAGGACCGCAUGACCGUGGAGGACGUGGAGACGCUCAUCAAGGACACCGACUACAACGGCUUCCCCGUGGUGGUCUCCAGAGACUCCGAGCGCCUCAUCGGAUUUGCCCAGCGGAGGGAGCUGAUUCUCGCAAUAAAGAAUGCCAGACAGAGGCAGGAGGGCAUCGUGAGCAAUUCCAUCAUGUACUUCACAGAGGAGCCCCCUGAGCUGCCGGCCAACAGCCCGCACCCCCUGAAGCUGCGGCGCAUCCUCAACCUCAGCCCUUUCACGGUCACAGACCACACCCCCAUGGAGACGGUGGUGGACAUCUUCCGGAAACUGGGGCUCCGGCAGUGCCUGGUGACGCGGAGUGGAAGACUUCUUGGUAUCAUCACAAAAAAGGACGUGCUGAGACAUAUGGCCCAGAUGGCAAACCAGGACCCCGAAUCCAUCAUGUUUAAUUAGCAACAAGAACUGAAGGCUUUAGACAUUUGCAGAACUUGCUGGAUUGUUUCUGAAUCAGUUUUUAAUGUAAAAAACCAUAAACGCAUAGUGGAAAAGGUGUUCUGUAAUGAGGCGCACCACCUAUUUCUUACCCUCCCUCUCUAUUACUAAAGAAAUGUGUGGCAGGAAGACGCCAAAUAAAGGGUAUCCUGAAAGUGA